UGGUGAAUUAUUUAUUUCUAAUAGGUACUUGUUUAAACAGGAAGUGAAGAAGUGUGUUUUUUAAAAGAUUAAGUUCAAUAAAAAGGUUAGAGUGGUAGAGAAGUUAUGUCCGAAAAUAUAUCAUCUUCUCCAAAAGUAAUAGUGCAAAAAAUAACAAAAGCCGACAAAAUACCAAAUCCUAAUAUAAGGCAAUUAAAUUGCUUGUUACAAGGAAAACGUUGUAGAAUUUGCCAAGAAUUAUUAGCAACUGACGAAGAACUUAAAUAUCAUUUCUAUGAUUAUCAUCAAACCAACCACCGCAACUAAAAUUCUCACUAUCACCACCACCACCAAAAGCUAUCUUUGGUUCACCACACAACAUGCAAGCCAAAUCGAAUGAUCUACAAUCUUCCAAUUCAGUUAAGAGUGACGAUGAAUCCUCUUCAGUUGGCAUGUCGCGUUCCACGUCCGCCACUCGUAAUGAUGACAAUGAUGCUGCUUCCGAUUAUAAUCAAUGGCUGCAUGCUAUGAAACUGGUAGCUCAUUUACCCGGAGGAAUGCCACCUGAAUUCCGGCGUAAGUUGUGGCUGUCACUUGCAGAUAAAUAUCUUAAAUCAAAAAAUGUUGAUUGGACAAAGGAGGAGGAGAAAUGCUUCUGUGAGAAAUGGCGUGAAGAUGACGAAGAAUUGGGUAUACAAAUUGUGAAGGACUUGCAUCGCACAGGCUCUAAUUUAUGUUCCAUUAAUCAAGCCAAACUUAAGCGCAUACUGUUAGGUUAUGCACGCUACAAUCCUGAAGUUGGCUAUUGUCAAGGUUUCAAUAUGCUUGGAGCAUUAAUUUUGCAAGUUAUGGAUAAACAAGAAAGUGAAUCAAUGAAGGUGAUGAUCUAUCUUGUCGAAGGCGUAUUGCCUCAAGGUUACUUCUGUGGCUCAAUGGGUGGACUUCAAGCAGAUAUGGGAGUUUUUCGAGAACUCAUGCAAACUAAAUUACCGCGUCUAGCAAAGCAUUUGCAAAAACUGCAAGGCCCCAUCGAGCAUGCCUAUGAGCCACCACUAACGAACGUGUUUACGAUGCAAUGGUUCCUAACAUUGUUCUGCACCUGCCUGCCAAUGACUUGUGUGCUGCGAGUUUGGGACCUUGUGCUUAUUGAGGGUAGCGAUGUGUUGUUACGUACUGCUUUGGUGUUGUGGAGUUUACUAGAAGAACGCGUGCUAAGUGCGCGAACUGCGGAUGAAUUCUAUUGUAAAAUGGGAUCCUUCUCUAGUGAACUUCUGAACGGGCACCUUAUCGAUUCAAAUGGUUUAAUUGAAAAGGUAGUACAACUUGGACCUAUUGCAGAUAUACAAAAGCUACGUGACAAACAUCUUUACAAUAUAACACCUUUAGGACAUAAGCAAGGUUUACAGCUAUAUUUCGAUGGUGAAGAGCCACAAACUGAUGAGGAAUCACAUUUAGCGGUCGCUACAGUUUGGGGUAUACCUUGGGGACGUCGUGGUUCACAUGGUCACACAAAACAUCAAGAAAAUAAGGAACGUAUUGCAUUAGACAUAUCUUUAUUAAAAAAACAAUAUGAUCGUUUACGAGAGCGACAGAAACAAGCUCAUAUUAUCCUAACUACUGCAUGUACUAGUGCACGCCAAAGUGCACCCACCUCAGCAUUAAGCAAUCCAAAUCAAACAGUACCUGUUAAUCAAUUACUUAUGGGUCGUUCAGCUAUAAUAAAUAAAGGUAAACGUAGUGGGCCACCGCGUGGUGCAAUACCACCCGCUCGAAAACCAUCUUUACCGAUAGUAUUGCAAACAAAACCAGUACAAAAACAAUUAAGACGUGGUGAAACUUUGCAUUGGCAGGAUAUGGAUAUAAGCAAACAACGUCGAGAAAGUCUGACUUGGAAAGAAAUUAAAGCUGAUCGUGCUGCUCUUUUACGUGGUGAAAAAAAGGAUAUGUUACAAACUCGCAAAAUUCGUACACGACUUGGUAAAAGUGAUUCCUCUUCAUAUAGCGAAGAUAGUGAUGGGGAAAAUGAAGAUAGAGGCUCAAGUACAGAUACUAGUCUAUGUGAUGAUGAGCAAAAUUCUGGUGAAAGAACGUCCAACGAAAAUAGUCCUAGAUUUAAAUUAAAAUUAAGCAAUCGUAAGCAGAAAGAAGUGAUCGAUAAAAUACCAAGUUUAAAACCUAUACGUGAUAAAAGUCAAGAACGUAAACGACCUAAAUCAUGGGCACCUUCUAAUACAGAUAUACCAUUCAUGCUAAUGACAGCUGAUUCUCCCAUACAUAGUGACGAUGAAGAUAAAGAUUUGUUAAGAGAAGAUGUAUCAGAUAUAGAAAAAGAUCGGUUUCUUUUUAAACGCGUUAAAGAUCUAAAUUGGUCUGAUACAAAAUACUCACCAAUUGCUGGUGAUUUAGCCACGACAGCAUUGGAACCGCUACAAGUGGAAACAAAUAACUUAAAUGUGCCUGCUAUAACUAGUACAAGCCAAUUGUCACCUUUGCCUGAUAUUCAAACAUAUCUUGGAAAUAAUACUAUAAGUCCAUUACCAACACCUAAAUUAUUGUUUCUUGAUUCAACUAAUUCUCUUGGUAGUGGUGAUGGAGAUGAGUGCAAAAAGUUUGAUGUUAGUGAUGAUGGAGUUACAAAUCAGUAUUUUGAACGGGUUAACAGCGUGGAAAGACCUAAUAAACUAGAUUUGUUUUAUUCCUUAAAUGAAGAAGAUAGCAUAAGGAAUGCUUAUGUGGAUACUGAAGAGCCACCAAUCAAUGAGGAGCAUCUAGAUACUGAUACAAAAGAAGCAACCGAUAAUGAUAAUAUCGUUGGUGAGAUAGAUUUAAAAAUAUCCGAUACCGCGUAUAUGCCAAAGGUAAUAAUUGGUGAUACAAGUCUCAAAGAAAUUGAAUCUGCUAAUAAUCGCCGCAUGGAAUUAUUAAUUGAUUAUUCAGAGAAGUCUUCAGCAGCAUUUAUAGCUGAAGCUACUAGCGAAUUGCAUACGACAUUUAAGAAUGAAAAUAUAAAUAAAUGUGAAGAAAAACUUGAUAAUACAAUUGAUAUUAAAUUUAGAUCAAAUGAUAUUCCUGGUGAAAAUCGUAAUGAUUUUAAGGAGACAUAUAGAGAAAAUAUUGUGGAACAACAAUCUAUACUAAGGCCAACAGUUUUAACCAGAAAACAUUCGCUCAAUAACGCUUAUAAGAAAAGAAGGGAUCCUCGACGACUAACACUCGUAAAAUGUUCGACAAUAGAUAAUGAGGAACAAUUCCAAGAUUUUCAAAAUCGUUUUAAUUGUGAUAAUACGAAGUUAGUUAAUAUUGAAAAGUGUGAUAAAGAAGAAAGAAUAAAGCAAAUACCAACGACUGCAGAUUUAGAAGAACGAUUCCAUACUUUAGAACGGCAACUAACAAUAGAGAGAAUGCGUAAUGGUACUGAUAAAUAUAGUAUUAGUAUUCAAUCGCCAAAUACAUCAAACAAAGAUCUAGUUGCCAAUUUAGAACAUGAUCAAAGUCCUUCUAAUAAUUUAGACUAUCAAAUAAAUGCAGAUAUUACUGAUAAUAAAGACGAUUUUUACGACAAAAAUAUUGUUAUUACUUCGGAAAACUCAAACAAAACAGAUCAUGUUUCAACACUUGAACUUGAUCGCAAUGAUUUAGAAAAAUUAGUGAAAGAUCGUCCAAAUAAUAAAACGCAUAUACAGCAAACUAAUCAUAAAAGAUUAUCCUGCGAUUUAUCAAGCGAUGAAUCUACAUUUAUAUCAGAAUCUGGUCUAGAUCAAGAAAAAAACACUAUUAAAAAGCAAAUAAGUGACAGCCAUUCUGAUGAAAAAGGCGCUAUCCACAGUUUAUCAAAUAAAACUCCUGAUGCCAUAGCUGAAUCUAAUCAAACCCUAACCCAACCUUCAGCACAACAAUUAAGUUCCAUUAGUACUGCUAAUAAAAAAGAUGAUAUUCAACUGAGUAGGGAUGGGAACAACGAGGAACUUGAUACGAAUAAAAAGAAAUCCAAUGAAAACCAAAAAAUUAGUAAAGAAAAUGAAACAACCGAUGUGACAUCAACGAAUGCUAAUACUAAAAAGCAUGCCAAACAAACAAAUGAAGAAGAAAUACCAAUAAAAAAAACACCGCCAUCUACUGCCGAAUUAGAAAAUCGAUUUAAUGCAUUAGAAAGACAAUUCAGUGUACAAAAAACUAGUCAGACACCUACUAAAAAGGAACCACCUGAUGAUGCAACUGUUGAGAAUAGAAAUGAUAGAGAUAAAACUUAUAAAAGUUCUGAAAAAUUAGAAACUAAUGAAGAAUACACUAAAACAACUUCACCUACAAAACAGUCUGAAGCGAAGAUAAAAACUGCUGAGAAAGCAGAAAACUCAAGACAAAAACGAAUAAUAUCUAUUGGAAGUGACUCAAUAAGUAAAGAAGAUACGGAAGCUUCCAUAAAAAUUGUUGAAAAAGAGACGUUGGUAAUCGACCAUGAGACUCCUAGAAAAAAAUCGCCACCUUCUACAGAAGAACUAGAGAAACGCUUUGCUGCCUUGGAAAAGCAAUUAAGCACAACAAGUAUUGACGGUAAUUCCAAACCAAAAGAAAAUCAUCAAAGUUCUUCAAAUGAAAAACGAAUUACUAAGACUAAAGGAACUGAAAAAUCCGAAUCUAAUCUCGAUUCAGAAAGUAAUGAUCAAAUGGGAAGUUUAGUUCAAAAUGAAGCAGUAAAUAAAAAAUCAAUGCGAAUAUUUGAGCAAAAAUGUAAGACAAUAAAUGAGUCUUUAACUGAAAAAACUUCUAAAUCUGCUGCAAAAAGCAAUGAACUUAAAUCUGCAGAUAAAACUGAAAAACCUUUACCAGAAAAGGAAAAUAGUAAAUCUAAGCGUAGAGCUUCAGAACCUCCAUCAACCGAAGAUUUAGAGAAACGCUAUGAAAUACUAAAACGGCGUAUGAGUUUUAAAAAUGUUAUGGAAAAAGAACUAACAAAAUCGGAAACAGUAGAAGAAGCAUUACAAAGAAUUGAAAACGAAAUAAUCGAGGAGAUCGCUGAGUUAAGUGAUAAGAAAGAUGAAUAUGAUAUUGAGCAAUGUAAUAUCGAAGAAAAUCAAUCUCAAACAGAGGAAAAUAUUGCCAUUAAAAAAACUACUUCAUCCCCUAAAGAAGCAAGUAAAGAGAGUAUAGAACUCAAGUCUAAAGUGCGAAAUACAAUCAUAGCUCCUGAACUUGAACAGAAAGAUAUCUCAAAAUAUUCUCCAGAAGAUUCCAAAAAAGUAGCUGUUUUUAAGAUUCCAGUAGCGCCUCCCUUGCCGUCUAUUAAUAAUCACAAUACAUAUGAUAGUUCAACUCAACAACAUCGACGUGCUGUAAUUGAAGAACUGCAGAAUAAAAUAAAAACUCCACCAAAUGGUGAAAACUUGAAACCAAGUGUAAUAAAUCCUAACAAGAAAACUCCACCUCAUAAGCAAAGAAAACUUGAUAUGGGAAUCGAUGGGACUACGGAAACACAUGCAAUCACCGCUUUUAACAGAUUGGAAAACAACGAACAAUGGCACAUGCAAACCAGGAAAAUGGUUCGUCGAUUUUCCGAUUUACCUUCAAGAGCAGAUCUUGAGAAUCGCUUACAGUUCUUAGAGAAACAAUUAAGUAAGAAAUUCUACAAGCAGCGCUGUGCAAGUGAUUCCGAAGUAGCAUCGAAACGUUUCGGGAGGAGUAAGGAUGAAAAGCCAAAUACAUCAAACCAAAUAAAUUCUGAUGAUAGUUUGGAGUAUCGAGUACAGGCACUAGAAAAGCAAUUAAGUGAAAAUAGUUUAAAACUCUUAGAAGCCAUGCAGUCCAGACAAACUGCUGAAAUAUGCCAAGAAAUUGAAUCAACAAAACAGUUAAGUACAGAGACCAUCGAUGCAACCGGUAAGGAAUUGGUUAGAUAUACACAUUUUGGUGAAGUGGAAGAUUCUGAUAGUAAUAAACCAAUAAAUAUAAGUAUUAAUAUUAAAAUGCUUGUUAAGGAUGAUAAGGAACAAAAAAUAAAAACCGAAAAGUUGCCCACAACUGAACAGUUGGAGAAACGUCUUGAAAUUUUAGAGCAACAGUUAAAACUUUCUAAAAAUGUCGAUCAAUUCAGUACGGAAGACUGUGCCAAACAGCAAGAAAGGUGUGAAAAUAAUUUGAAAACUUCUCAAAAUGGUAAAAGUGAAAAUGAAACAAAACAUGAAAAACAUAGAAAAGAUCAAAAUAAUGAAGAGGUUAAGAAUGAUUUAAAAGAUUCAAGUUCUAAUAUUGAAGUGGCACCCUUAGAAGAAAAGAAUAUUGAUCAAAGCAAAGACAAUGCAGAUCAGUUGGGAGAAGUCAAACACUUAACGAAAGAGAAGAAAACCUUAGAGAAUAAAGAAAUUGUCCUUCAAAAAAGUACUAAAGGUAUACAACAAACGAGCGUUGAUGAAAAGAAAACAACUGACACCAUACGUAAAGAAACAUUGGUAAAAGAAGUUCCGUUAAAAGACGAGGGAAAAGUAAAAGUGUGCAAUAAACAAAACACACAAGCAGUAGAACAUGGAAAAAUAUCAAGAACAGACAAAGAAAGAGAUCAAGACAUACUUGUUUGUGAUGAAAAAUUUAGAAAAAAAGAAGAAGCUGAAACUGCUAAACAGUCUUCCAAGAUAAUCAAAGAAACCGAUAUUCAAAACAAGCAAGAAAGUAAUCAUGCAAGUUUAAGUAAACUACAACCAGCAACUGGAGAAGAUAAAGUCAAACAAAAAGAAGAUGAAAGAAAACUACAAGCUUCCAAGGAUGUUAAGAUCGAACAUAAACAUGGUAGUCAACAACCAAACAAAGAACCGCAUUCAUCAUCAGUUGACAUUAAAAAAACGCAGGAAAAUAAUUCUGGCGAAUUAUGUCUGAAUGAGAAGAAGAAAGUCGAAGAAAAGCUAACACCUCGUGUUGAAGACACUGAAAUAAAAACUGGCGAUGAAGCAAACGCAGUAGCAACUGAUUCUUCAUCAGCUAAUAUGAUUAUUAAUGCGACAGAUGUUGGACCAGUGGAUCCCAACAAUAAAACCCUAGUUUUGUUAUUGGAUAACGAGCCAAAAGCUGUAAAAGUUCGAAGAUUAACAAGGGCGAAUACUGAGGAACUUGAAAAUUUAUUUCAAGCACUUGAAAAACAAUUAUCAGAUCGCAAUUUAAUCAAAUCGGUAGAUGGAAAAUUAGUACGUGCUGAAAGCCUGCAGCAAGACACCGAUAUCCCUACUGAAGAAUCGAAAGCAAUAUCAGAUCUAACUAAAGAAAUAGAACAGUUUACAAAUACCGACGAGACACAAAAGAUAAAAACUGAAGUUAGUUCAGAAAAGGAAACAAUUCAAAAAGAAGAAGAAUAUGAUUGGGGCGCAGAUCCAGUUAAAAAACAUCUUAAACGUAAAACAGUUUAUUUGCCGUCAACAAAAGAAUUAGAAGCGCGUUUUCGUUCAUUAGAACGACAAAUUAAGUUCUUAGAAGAUGUAGAAAAAAUUGAUGUUGAACAACGUCUGAAUGAGAUUGAAAGAAAAAUAAAGUUACAGUAUUCACUCUCACAUGAAAAAGAUUUAUCAAAAUUUUUAGAACUUUGUGAAAACAAAGGUUUGGAUGAAACCCCUACCACAACUCCUACCACAACAAAAAAGAAACACCAACAAGCUGAAUGUCAAACCGAAAAACAAAGAAGUCGAAGUUGUUCACCAAAACAGUGUCGAACUAAGUCUGCCUGUACAUCUCCUAUAAGAAUUAAGGAAAAAACUCCACAUACAUCACCAAUUCGUACUAAAACUCCGCACACAUCUCCAGCACGUGCUAGAUCUAAAAGUCCCUAUACAUCACCAGCACGCGAAAUAGACGAGGCUAAACAACAUGCAAAUAUGGAAGAUUUAGAAUAUCGUUACCGCAUACUUGAGCUAAAACCAUCCAAAUCCAAAGAAAAUUUAGAUAAAAUAAAAAAUAAAAUUAGCACCAGAAAGCAGCCAAUACAUCCAAUUGAAAUGCUACUAGAUUCAAGUCCAGAUGACAGUCAUAUACCAACUACUGGAGAGCUCGAACACAGAAUGCGAGUUUUAGAUGAAAAACAGAAAACCUUUAAGUUCACUUCGAAAUUAUCUACAAAGUCACCAACUGAUCGCGAACUACCAACAGAAGAUGAAUUGGAAGCACGUUUACAAGCUCUAGAAGAGCAACAGAGUUUCGAUAUUAAAAUGCAAAAUAAAUUUAAGGAAUUCAAUCAAAAAUUGAGAGACGAAGUAUCUCCUUCAUUAUCAUUUGAAGAGUUCAAAGCAGCGAAAUCUCGUGAAGCAAGUCCACAUCGUAUUGAAAUACAACGGCCAACAACGCCAAAAUCCGCAUUACGUGAUACUGAAUCAGAGCAUAAACGUGAUUCCCAUCACUACCGCUCUACGAGCCCUAAAGUCAUACGUUUCAGUGAAGAUGAAGAACUUAGAACAAAAUCUAGAAUUGGGCAACCGGAAGAACAAAUGGUGGGCAAAAAUAAUGGAGUUAUACAAAUAAUACAAGAAAAUUCUAAAAUUCUUCAACGUAUUCUUAAGAAGACUAUUGCAGAUGCCAGCAGUACCAGUUUAAGUGGAUCUAAUCCAGCAAUAUCUGAAGGUCUUGAUGCUUUAGGUACUCGACUAAUGCGGCAAACGUCGCCCUUACGUCGGACUGGUACUCAUACCGGUGUUCCAUUAAGAACAGAUGACAACAUCAAUGAUCGUUUAAACUCAAUUAAAAAUACAAUCAAAUCUAUUGACUCACUUUGUGAAGAGAAGCCAUAUAGAAAGGAGAGAUGUCAGCGUUAUAUAGAUUCACUAUUUUCAGAUUCGGUUCAUUUUUCUAAUCAGCAUAAGAAAUCACUUGAAGAUCUUUCUCGCAGCGAAAGUCGUAAACGUGGAGAUUAUGCACCAUCGAUACGAGUUUCAGAUCAUAGCUAUAGGCCUUCAGAAUAUUUAUUAAGUCGUUCUAUGGGUUCAGCAGAAUCAAUACGUUCAACAAGUCCAUUGCGUGCCAUCAGUCCUCCACAUUAUCGAUCGAACAGAGAUUUACGGCGUGACGUAUCACCACGACGUAGGCGGGACGAAGAGCGAGAAGAGUAUGAAAGUAGGGUAAGACGUGAAAAUUAUUUGCCAAAUUAUUAUAAUGAAAGUAGAGAUUUAAAUAGUGAUAGUUUAACUAAGUUUUAUAAAGUAGAUAGACAACUAGAUACUUACAAAUUAGACGAUAGAGAACGUUCAAACUCACGAUAUGGAUCGAGAGAGAUAUUGACGUCGCACAAACCAACAACACUUAAUACUACCACCUUAAACACUAAAAAUAUAUCUAAUCGUUUGGAAAUGGAUAAACCAAUUUCCCCAUAUCGUCAAACAUCACAUAACCUAUUGGGCUAUGAUACACACAAACGUAACAACACACCGAUUUAUGCACCUACAAAAUUAGAUAUACGACACACGACAGUUACGUCAACAUUUUACGAUCGCCUACUGGCUGAAAAGCAAAUUGAAAAAACACUUUCACGGCCACCAAGUAGAUCACCUGUUAUAUCACCUUCGAUAACAAAUAAAAGUUAUCUGGAUUUACCUAUCGCAAGUGCCAACACAAAUAAUAUCACACAAACAGCAACAACAACAACAAUUUAUUCAAAAAUUACAAAUCUUAGUUCUCCGCUCACAACUAUGCCAAUACGUAGUUAUAUUGGUACAACUGGAAGUACUUAUUCUGGCAGUGGAUACACUGAAAACAGCAGUAUUUAUAUUAAAAGUUAUACCAAUACUACUACUACUACUACAACAACUACAAUUAGCACCUUACCAAAUUUUACUUCCAAUCUUGCAAAUGCUACAACACAAGCCAAAUAUUCGGCUACCACGCCCACAGGUAAUUCUAGCACAUACCUUAACGCUUUUAAUACAAGGUUACCUCUCGGUACCGAUGUUGCUACUCUUAAUACUUCACAUAUUACCGUACGUAGUUGUGAUAACAUACUCAUGCAAUUAAAAUCUAAUUCUACUACGAAUACAGCGAUAACAACAGCUGCAGCAACAUAUCUUGGUACAACAACCACUACUAUCACAACAACAACUACAACAACGAUUACUUCUUCAGCUAUUAAUUUUACAACAUAUAACUUCACAAGUUUAUAUAAUACAACAACAAUAUCAAAUAUUGGUAGUCUUGGUAUUGGACUAAAUAAUCCUACAAAUAUUAGUAGUGCUACAAACCCGAAUCCGAUCAUCUCCAACAUUGGUGCCGGUACUAAUACCAACUCAACAUUAUAUUCAACUGGUGCAUAUAAUUCGCUUAUGCCUUUAACUGUGCGUCAAGCGACAGAUAGUAAUAUCGGAACAUUUUCGGGUCUUUACCCUAGUGCAAUGAACAAUAAUUACACUUCUACUACGGCACUUAAUUUUGGUUCUACAAAUGAGCUGCCUAAAACUUAAUGCUCUUCAGCUAUAGAACAUAUUUUCUUUACACCGCUUAGUAAGUUAACAUUUACUGUCGUUUCUUGCACCAAUGUUCUAUAUACUCGUACACAUAUAUAUUUAUUGGCAGAGAUAUUUAUACUUAGAUGCUACUUUAUAAUAUACAAUCAUAUACACAUAUAACAUAUAAGUCAA